UCUACUGUCUUACUAUACCUUUAUUCAAUUUCAUUCACUAAAGUUUCCAUUUUUCUAAAAUGGGCUGCUGUUUUAGCUCCACCAGAAAACGCCACCGCAUGUCGCCGCCGUGUUCCGCCGUGAACGGCCGAGAUCCACCACCAUCGGAGGAAGAAACUGUCAAAGAAGUUCUUUCUGAAACACCCAUUCCCAAACCCCACCACCCCUCACCACCAGAAGUCCUAAUCGACGACAAAGUAGCUGACUUUCCUCAAGUCAAAAUUGAAUCGACGGCUGUCGUUAAACCCAGAGAUGAAAUCAAGUUUGAAUCAGCUGUUGUUAAACCCAGAGAGGAAAUGAAGUUUGAAUCUACGGUUGUGAUGAAACCGGAAGUAUCUGAAGAGCCUUCGGAGAUGUGUAGCUUUACUGAAAGCUAUUCCACGACGGCGACGGCGACGGAGAAGAGAGAGGAAGAUGGAGAAGUAACACAGAGGUCACCGAUUAGAGUACAUAGGAAGAGGCAAAACACUGGAGAUCUCAAUGGAGUUAGAGAGAGAAGUUUUCGGUCUCAGACGGGAAGAUCGGCGCCGUCGCCGGAGAAAAGAAGGUCGCCGGCUUCGUCAAGGGGAGUACAGGGGAGGGGAAUGCCGCAACAAAGGCGUAAUGUGGGACCCCCAAAUGGACCCCGACGAGGUCCCAGCGAAAAUGGGGUUCGGCGGUCAAAUUCUCCGGCGAAACGUGGAACGGUGGAUGCACGUCGGAAUGUGAGAAACAGAAGUCCGGCGGCGCGUGAAGCAGAAAAACCUGGUAAUCAAUCGCCGGCGAGAAACGCCGAGAAUGAGGUAAGUAGUAGUAAAACUGAAAAACCCAAAGAAGAAGUUUCGCCGGUAACCGGCGAAUCACUUGAAAAUCCUCUGGUUUCUAUGGAAUGCUUCAUUUUUCUAUAGGCUAAAGGAAGAAGAAGACAAAAACGUCGUCGUUUAAGACUUUAAAGAAGGUGUAUUUCACUAUUUUGGUAAACUAUGAGUUGGAAAAUUUCAAAUUUUGUAAAUAUAAGGUACUAACUUGAUAUUACUCUCAAGUGUGACAUAUUUGAUUUUUGUUCAAAAAUAAUUAUUUGUCAUGA